AAAAUCUUUAUUUGAAACAUUUAAAAAGGUUUGAACGUUUAGAAAUCUGAAUAGGAUUUGCAGAGCGGAUUAUAAAAAAAAUCAUACUGGAUUUAAUAUAAAAUGGCUGGCAACUUUGAACAAUCCAUGUCUAAUUCCAUAAAAGAAGUCUCUACAAAUAAAGAUGAGAAAAGAAAUUCUGAAAACAACGCCGAUGAAGCUGAUGAUUCUACACAAGCAGAUGGAUCAAAACCGUCUAAGCCAAAAGAUGACAUUACAAAUUCUGAAAACGACGACGGCGAAGCUAAUCUUCGUACUCAAGCAGAUGGAGAAAAUCACGUACCAGCACCGGCUAAACCAAUAGAUGAAAAAAGAAAUUCUGAAAACAACGCCGAUGCAGCUGAUCUUUCUACACAAGCAGAUGGAUCAAAACCGUCUAAGCCAAAAGAUGACAUUACAAAUUCUGAAAACGACGACGGCGAAGCUAAUCUUCGUACUCAAGCAAAUGGAGAAAAUCACGUACCAGCACCUGCUAAACCAAUAGGCACUCUCUGGCUAGUGUUCGCCUUAAGAUUCUUCUUAUUUUCGCCGAUAAAAUGGAAGAGAGAUGGUUGCUGGUUAAGUGCUAUCCACCUAGUUUGGUUUGCCAUCUUCAUCACAAAGACUUGCUACCUAACAAUGCUGACUUUUCAAAUAGGAAAUUGUCGUGAAACUGUGUUCAGUAGCAUAGAAGAUGGAUACAUAGCGUUACAUCACAACUUAUUAAAAAAUUGGGAUGCAAGCUUUGAGACGUUGCCAUAUCCUCCGUCUAUUGGGAAGUUCGCUGUUUAUAAUCAGAAAGAUCUACGAAAGAGGAUCAAUUAUGCCGUCGAAAAUGUCUUUAACGCUGAAGUUACAACAACUGGAUAUUUCAAGAAAUUUGAGAGUGAUUCUAUAACGAUACGUCUCGUUUAUUUUGAUCUGGAACUUGAUCAUGAAUUCCAUCGUUUUAAUAGAAUUGUCUCAAACAUCCAGAAAAGCUUUGAGCCACACUAUGGAUUGUCAAAAUACCAAGAUACCGAUGGUCAUACAAUAUAUAGCUACAAUAUAACAGAGGAGCUAGACAUGCUCAAUAUUUCAUCUUCUCUUGACAGAAUGUUGUUUUUGAACAUUAUGUUUUCAUUGCACACGCUAAGAGUAAGCAGGUCGUAUAACGAUUCCAGAUGUCAGCAUAUAUACGGAAAUGUAACAUUUGAUGAUGAUAACCACAAUGGGCAGGUCACCGUUGAUCUCAGCACUAAUACUUUGCCAAUAUCAUGUUCUAAAAUGAAUUUUUCGCUAAAAGAUUCUCCACAAUGUAGAGGAUACACUGGGCAUGAUGCCAAAUGUGUUAAAUACUUGUCAAUCAUCACUUCGAUUGUCGAUGGCAUAACACUUUCGGGAAUAAUCAUUACAUUGAUUAUAACAUAUCGCUACAUGAAAAAAAAUUACUUUACUAUCUACCUUUCGGUUGACGAACGUAAUCUUCCAUGGAGUGAGUAUUUUGGUAAUGUAAAUUUGUGGUAUAUUACAUCUAUUAUUGGUGAUGCCUUCACAUUGGCGGGUGUUACAUGGAUAGUGUCAACGCUCGGCGAUGACAGUGAUUUCAAACAGCCUUUGAAAGAAUGGGACAAGAAUGUUGUGUAUAUUGGCUCAGGAUGUUUAUUGACAUGGUUUUCUAUGUUACGAUUUAUAAAAAUUAAUCACAAGUUCACGUUGUUGUUCAAAACACUCAAAAGAUCAGCUGUAGAUGUCAUCUUUUUCUUGACAUGUGUAACGAUCAUCUUUGUGGGUUUUCUGUUUGGUAUAUAUGUUGUACUUGGACCAUACAAUGUUAAGUUUGACAAACUUUCUACAACUGCGGAAACAUUAUUUUCGUUGAUAAAUGGUGACGAAAUGUUUGCGUCGUUUGCAUAUCUAAAAAAGGAAGAGGCUGGAGACCAACAAAAUAUAUAUUUGUUUUCAAGAGUUAUCAUCUUUGUCUAUGUAAUCAUCUUCACAUUGUUUGUAUUAAACCUCUUGAUAGCAUUGUUUAACAGCGCUUACGAAGUCGUUAAGAAAUCGUACGAACAAGAAGAAGAAGAAGACGAAGCGAAAGACAUACCAAAGACGCUGGCGUAUUUCAUGUGUAAAGAUUUCGACGAAAAUGAGACAUUUGGCAGGUAUUUCGGUGCCUCGCUUGAUGAAAAAAACAGUUUACUUAGCCAUAGAUGUGUCAAGAAUAGUGAUUGUACAUGUGGAGUUUUCAACACACUGAUUCAUUUCUUAUGCUGCCAUAUUUUUACAAUAUGUUGUUGCCAUUGUAAAGCAACAUAAGAGUAAACAGACCAAAUUUAUUUCUUCAAGCAGCAAGUAUGCUUCUGUUCGCAAUAUAAGACUUCAAUUUCGCAUCAUAAGGUUAAUGUUAAUUUUUACAGUUUCAAGAAUAUGCUUCAAAGCUAUUUUGUACAAUAUAAUUAAUCUUAGAAGUCUUCCAUUUUAGGUUGGAAUGAUAAUUUUUAAUUUGUCUGAAAUGGCAAUGACGAGAUAUAUUCAUGAAUUCACGCGCCUAUGAAAAAACACGCACUCGAUUACCAGUGUGUUAGAUAAAUGCACCGCGUUUGUUUUGAGUCCUGUUAGGUACUUGUGUUCUCUAAUGCUAGAAAACUCUCCAGCUUGCUCAUGGAAUGUCGAUGUUCUACCCAGGUGCCCGUUCAUAAAUGAAAUAAUGCACGGAGGGGCAUCUGACGUCUACCUUAACCAGCAAUCUAUAAAGUCGCCAUAUGACACCUACUUUUUUGGUGCAAUGUAAAAGCCAACCAAACAAAAUAAGUUUGUAUAAAAAAUAAGAAUGAAUGAUUCCUUUCACCUCAGUGAAUAUUUACGUAAAUAAAUCUUAUUGUAAUUAU